AUGUACUUCUUUAACGCCGUUGACCGAAGCAACUUGGGAAAUGCGAAGACCGAUGGCAUGGAUAAAGAUCUAGGCUUCACUGGAGAGCAGUAUUCGCUCCUCAUUCUUCUGUUCUACAUCCCAAACGGGCUUUGCGAUUUGCCUCUCAACAUGUUGACGAAGAAGUGGAGUGGUAGAGUCAUGCUGCCGACUCUGAUGGUUGGAUGGGGCGCCAUGGCUCUUUUUCAAUGUGCAGCGCACAACUUUGCUGGCAUGCUCGUCAUUCGCCUCAUCCUUGGCGCCUUCGAAGCUGGCUUCUUCGCGGGAGUCGUGUUUUAUCUGACCCUGUUCUAUACGCGCGGCGAGCUUGGUUUUCGCAUCGCUUUGUUCUUUGGCAGUGCAUUGCUAGCUGGUGCAUUCAGCGGAUUGAUUAGUUUCGCCGUCUUCCGAAUUGAGCACUCGAUUCCGGGAUGGAAGUGGCUUUUCAUCAUUGAGGGAGCGAUGACUGUCAUAAUCGCAGUCAUUGCAUUCAUGUGGCUGCCUGCGACACCGCAGUCAGCAUGGUUCCUAAACGAAGAGGAACGCGAAGUCGCGGCUCGACGUACACUUCGCGAUCUUUCAUCCGCUGGAUCGCACGACUUUAACAUCCGAGAAUGUUUCGAGGAAUGGAAGACGUGGAAAAUGGCGCUGUGGUGCAUCAUUGCGUUCACAUAUCCUGUAGCGUUCUCGACAAGCUCCAACUUCUUGCCGCAGAUCGUUCAGCGGCUCGGGUACUCGGUCAUCAAGACAAAUCUCUGGACUGUUGCGCCGAACGCAGUUGGCUUCAUCGUACUGCUUUGUGUGACCUACAGCAGCGAUUACUUCCGCGAACGUACAUUUCACAUCGUCUUAUCGCUUUGUAUAUCGCUCGUCGGAUUGAUCAUCCUAGCGACUAUUGACGUCUUGCACAACAAAGCUGUAGCCUAUUUUGCCUGCUUCAUGCUCGCAUCCGGAGCGUACAUACCAUCUUGUCUUGUGCACUCGUGGCACAACAACAACAAUCUUAACGAAAACGCGCGGGCGGCUACUACUGGUCUACUCGUUGGCUUAGGCAACCUAGGAGGUAUUCUAUCGGCGGCGACCUUUCGACAAGAAUAUGCGCCAAAAUAUGUACCUACGCUCAUUGCGACAGCGUGUUGCAAUCUGACAUGUAUCAUGUUUACGCUCUGGUUGGGAGGAUGGAUGAAGAUGGAGAAUCGGAGAAGGGAUAGGCAGCAGGGCGUGAAAGUCCGGGCGGAAGAUGUGAGUACGAGCGAGUUAGGAGAUGGUGAGCGAAGUGAGAAAUGGAGGUACUUUACGUAG